AUUUUUUUCCAAUUGUUUCAACGUGAAAUCCGAUUGAAGUUAAUUGUUGAUGGUCCAAAAUUAAUCGACCGUCAAAAACACAGGCCGGUUUCUUCAUGACAUUGUACAUUUUUUGGUAAUCGUAGUGUUUGAAUUCACCCCAAUCGUUCGAAUUCAUCCCAAUUGAAAAUUGUGACAAACAUACGAAAGUAACUUUGAUGAUAGAAAGUGUUUUUAAUACGAUGCCUUUGCUAAAUUUGUCUUAAUUAUCAUGAAGAUAAUCUAAUUUUAAUUCAAUUUAUGUUUGAGUUUGUUCAGGUAACUUUAUCGAGGACAAAGCGACACGUUGACAUGUGAGAAAAUCACAUAAAAGGUGAAAUCAUUUGAAGGGGAAAUCACAGUUAAAUUUAAUUUUCAUCCGAAUCAGUGAACAUUUCUAACAGUUAAAAUCGAAAGUGUUAACCACAAGAAGAACAAUGAGUUUAAAUCCACUUAUGGCCGUUAAUUAUUUUUGGUUAAUCGCCAUUUUUAUGGGACUUAUGCCAUCUUCAUCGUACCAGGGCCUUGUUUCUGCUCCUGAUAAUGGAACUAGUGCUGGCUCUGGUGCGGGUACUGGUUAUUAUAAAGGUUAUGGUUAUGGUUCUGGUGCUGGUGCUGGUGGUUAUGGUCAGGGUGUGGGUGGUUAUGGUCAGGGUGCUGGUGGUUAUGGUCAGGGUGCUGGUGGUUAUGGUCAGGGUUACGGUGCUGGUGCUGGUUCUGGUGCUGGUGCUGGUGCUGGUGCUGGUGCUGGUGCUGGUGCUGGUGCUGGUGCUGGUGCUGGUUAUGGUCAGGGUGCUGGUGCUGGUGGUUAUGGUCAGGGUUACGGUGCCGGUGCUGGUGCUGGUUCUGGUGCUGGUGCUGGUGCUGGUUAUGGUCAGGGUGCUGGUGCUGGUGCUGGUGCUGCUUCAAGACUUUCGUCACCCUCUGCUGCUUCAAGAGUCUCUUCAGUUGUAACUAGCCUCACAUCAAAUGGUGAAAUUAAUUUAGACAGUCUUUCCAACGCUAUCAGAAGCAUUAGUGCUUCGGUUGCAGCAUCUAAUCCUGGUUUGAGUCAAUGUGAAAUCUUGGUUCAAACCUUAUUGGAAGUAGUCAGUGCGUUGGUUCAUAUAUUAAGGAGCUCAUCCAUCGGAUAUGUAGAUGCAUCAGGAGCUGGCCAAUCUUCAAGUGUUGCAACUGGCAUAAUAAAUGGCGUGAUGGGAAAAUAAUGUACUGGUGUUUUCCAAUUCAUUCAUCUCUGUUUAAUCAGUUAAAAUUCUAAGUGUUGAAAAAAACAAUUUACUUGAACCACCUACAAUUUUCAGAUAUUUCUCGUUCUUCAUCAUUCUCAUGGGGUUUAUUUUAGCUUUCACUCUAGUUCGAGGUUUCGUCAUCAUCAGAAUCUUGUUUAUUCCCUCUCAUAAUUUUUUGUCCAAAGUUAUAAGUUCAAGGUCAUUAGUUAUGGUCAAUUUUUUAUCAUUGAUAAUUUUUUUGAUAAUAAUCAAUCACGAUCACAAGUCUAUUGGAAAUUAACUAAUAAAAUGUAUCAAUAAAUUAACCAAACCAAAUGAAUUGCUUUGAA